AGUUUGAUUGGUCCAAGUGGUUAUGAGUAAAACGCUUCAGCCCCUUCAUGUUUUGGUUCGUUGUGGCUCAGCAGGACAGUCUCGUGCAGCUGUCUGUACUGGGAGGUUGAACUUUUUCAAACUGGGACUGAAACUUGGACUUCAUGGAAAACUUUUGGUCUGUUCUGCACUCUGCGUAAAGUGAACAUUUACUAAAUCUGAACCCUACUUUGCAUCAUGUCCAGCAGUCAUUUGGUGAAAACCCUGGAGGACCUGAGCCUGGAUCCGGGCUAUGUCACCGGGGACCCCUGCCCGUCCCUCAGCCUGUCCUCCUCCGGCAGGUCGAGGCAGUCUCAGCCGCACACCAGCACUCCUCACCGGGGUGCCUGGUGGCAGCGCACCGGCUCUCUGUACAGCAGGAACGGCAGCUGGGACACGGUGAGCACGCUGCCGGAGGACGCCGCGGACAUCCUGGUCAAGUGCCCCUGCCUGCCCGAGCUGGAGGAGUACCCCUGGACAGAGCAGGAGCUGCGGGAAGUCGUGCGUAAUGUCGCCGGUUCGGAUGCGGCGCUGACCAGAGACGCAGUCCACCGGCUGUCCGUCCUGCUCCGGAGGGCUCUGGUGCGGAUCUCCCGGGAGGCGCAGCGGCUGAGUGAGCUCCACAGGCGGUGCACACGCCUGGAGGUGCAGAGCGCGGUGAGGCUGGUGCUGAGCUGGGGUCUGGCCGAGAGGUGCAUCUCCUCCGCGGUGAAGGCCGUGUCCAUACACUGCAUGAGCUCCGGGGACACCGCGCGUCAGCGGGGCAAGUCCGCGCGCGGCGGGUUGACACUCCCCGUGGGCCGCUUCUUCAGGUGGAUGGUGGAGACACGUGUGUCGGUGCGCGUGCACGAGUACGCCGCCGUCUGCCUGACAGCCUGCAUGGAGAGUUUGAUGGAGGAGGUGGUGGGACGGGCGCUGCUGGCUGCAAGGCUGCCCGCAGAGGAGGAGGAGGAGCGGGGCGGAGGGGUCAGCUGCAGCCCGGUGACCGCCGAGCUGCUGGAGGGAGCCGUGAACAACGACUCUGAGCUGUGGGGACUGCUGCAGGUCUACGAGCAUCUCAUCUGCGGCAAAAAUGCCAAUGGUGAGCUGUCUCUGCCGGCUCAUGUCAGCCCGUACACGAAGGCUCCUGAGGACUCAGUGGAGAGCCGGCAGGAUGCCUUCAUCCAGCUGGAGCUGCGGACACUGGAACAGUCGCUGCUCGCCACCUGCGUGGGCAGCAUCACCGAGCUCAGUGACCUGGUGUCUCGAGCGAUGCACCACAUGCAGCGUCUGCGCAGCUCGAGCUCAUUGGUCAGCCCGGCUCGCUCAGCCAAUCAGCCUUCAGUAUCCUGGGCUGCAGACGCCCUGCGGACACUCUACUACUUCCUGUCCAGCCCAGAGAUGGAGUCGCUGGAAAACCCGAACCUCGAGCCUCCGACCCUGAGCCUGAGCAGAGAGAGGCCGUUCCUGCUCCUCCCUCCUCUCAUGGAGUGGAUCAGAGUCGCUGUGGUGCACGCCGAGCAUCGCCGCAGCCUAUUGGUGGACAGCGAUGAUGUCAGACAGACAGCCAGGCAGCUCCUCCCAGGACUGGACUGUGAGCCCCGACAGCUGAAGUCUGAGUGCUGUUUCCAGUCCUUUAAAUGUCUGGAUGCAGAAGCUGCUUCAGUGAAGUUCCAGCUGGAUUUGGGUUUCAGGAUGCUCUCGUGUGGUCGAGCAGAUCUGGUUCAUCAGGCCACACAGCUGCUGGGAGCGGAGGGGGUCAACACAAUGGACGACCAGGGGAUGACUCCUCUGAUGUACGCUGCUGCAGCAGGAGAUGAAGCUCUGGUUCAGAUGCUCAUAGAGGCCGGAGCUCACCUGGACAUGCAGGUCCCUGGCUGCUCCGUCAGACACCCGUCAGUUCACCCCGGCAGCCGGCGCUGGGUGGCUCUGACCUUCUCAGUGCUGCACAGUCACCUGUCUGUGGCUCAGCUGCUGCUGGAGGCCGGAGCAGACGUGGAGGGAGGAGUCCUGCUGGACGCUCAGGAGAGCUCAGCGGAGACGCCACUGCAGCUCGCUGCUGCUGCAGGCUACUAUGAGAUGGUGAGCCUGCUGCUGAACCAUGGAGCAGACCCUCUGCUCAGAGUGCAUCAUGGGAAUUCACUGACCUCACCGCUGUACGAGGACAUGAACUGCUUCAGCUACGCUGCAGCUCACGGACACAGAAACAUCCUGAGGAGGCUGCUGCUGCAGCCGCAGCACAGGAAGGAGGACAUCCUGUCUCUGGAGGAGAUCCUGGCUGAAGGAGUGGAGGACGAGAAUGUGAAAGCUCCUGCUGCAGACUCUCUGAGUCCUGUCCCCAAACUGUGUAAGGCCCGGAUGAAAGCUCUGCAGCAGGCGGCGUACUACAGCGCUGAGCACGGCUACCUGGACGUUACCAUGGAGCUCAGAGAGAUGGGUGUUCCCUGGAGGCUUCACAUCUGGCUGGAGUCUCUGCACAGAGCCCAGCAGCUGUGCAGGGACAAAGUCCUGGUCUCCCUCCUCACAGAGUUCUCCUCCAUCAGGACGGAGGACUUCAGCCCCGAGCUGCUCUCCGCAGGUGUCCCGCUCAUGUUCAGCAUGCUGAGAAGCAGCAAGGACUAUCUGAUAACGAAGCGUCUGGCGUCCGUGUUGUCUCACUGCUACAGCUGCUGUCCCGUCCCUCCUGUCCCGCCGAUGGACGUCACUCUGUCCACACAGCUUGAUAUUCAUUUCCUGAACAACCAGGAGAUGUCCGACGUGACGUUCAUGGUGGACGGACGUCCGUUCUUCGCUCACCGCGUUCUGCUGAUGUCAGCGUCCGAACGGUUCCGUGCGAUGCUCUGUGAUUCCCCCGACAACCUGAUCCACGUCAGUCACAUGACCUACAGUACCUUCACGCUGAUGAUGAAAUCUCUGUACUGUGGGGGAACAGAAGGACUGACGCUCUCUCACUCUGAGGCUGUCAAGCUGCUGCCGGUGGCUGCUUUCUUCCAGCUCCGAGGUUUGCAGAGAAGCUGUGAGAUGAAACUGUCCCAGAGUCUGACUGUGGACAACGCCGUCAACAUCUACCAGACCGCAAAGCAGCAGGGAGCCGCUGAGCUCUGCAGCUUCUGUGAAGGUUUCUUCCUGCAGAACUUGGACCUGCUGCUGGACCGAGAGGACUUCCACCGCCUGUUGCUGGGAGCUGCGGCUCAAGAGCUGCUCUGCCCGGAGGGGGGUGUUCGGGACCAGGAUCCCCCCGCUCUCCUGGAGGUUUUGGAGGCCACAUUAAUACACAGACUGUACAGCCUGCACGCUGCAUGUCGGGAGUAGAAACAGCAGCAGCUGGUAUGUCCAGGUGUUUAUGUGUUUGGAACAGGAGCCAUAAACUGUGUUUCGUUAGUUUUUCAUCUAUUUAUUAAUCUUGACACAAGAAUAUUUCUACAACCUGGAAGAGAUGAUCCAGAUCAGUUAUAGAAAAUAUUAACAAACUUCUGGUUGUAUAUUUUUCACUGUGAGAAUUUUCUGUGUUCUGUUGUUGUAAAUCAAGUUUUUUUUUCUCCUGUAUUUUGUGCUAAUUGAAGCAACUUGAAGCCGUCACAUUGGCUCCAGUGAGAUGUGACAGAGUUUAAAAAAACCCAUAUGUAAAUACUUUUAUCUGUUUUUGUUUAUUAUGAAUUGCUGCAGCCCUUUUUAUACUAUUAACUGUAAUAAUAGUAGUAAUGUUUUUGGGGUUUCACUUGUGUCAGGAUCAGACAUACCUCAGAUCAGUUUAGACAUUUAAAAGUUUGCCCCACUGAAGUUCCUGGUAAUAUUUAUGUUUGUUGCAUAUGUAUAAACUUUUAGUCCUGUUAACUUGAUAUUUGGGGAACUGCUCACUAAUAUAACAGAGCAAAAACUAACAUGAACAGACAGAUAUUCUCCUGGUUCACUCUGUGUCAGAUUCACCAAAUUUUAAACUUGCCAAACAGUAUCUUUCAUAAUUCUCAAUUAUAGUAAGAUUUCCUUGUAUAUGUGAGAGCAUAUAAAAAGGGAUUUUGAAGAACUUGAAGCAGAAACAAACACAUUUCUCUGGACUUUAACUAGAUAAAUAAUUAUUAAUUUUUUCAUUUAUUGCUGGAUAAUCUGGACUCUCAAAUCAUGGCAGCAGCAACGUUUGACUCUUCGCAUAGUUUCUGUUAUAACACCAUAAAAAUACAUAGUAACUAAAACUUGAAAUGUUUUAAUUUCAGAGAUAACAGCUGUUUGUAGCAGAUUCUGUUAGCUGCAGGUAGUGAGAUGUUUAACUAUGUAAGCUAGUUGGAAACUGUUUCCUAAUUCAUCUACAGAUUGUGACUGAACCAAUAUUUAUUUAAAUAAACACUUGAUGAUGUCGUGCUACAGACCAAACAAGUUGGGAUGACGUCUUAAAUGUGAAUAAAACAGAAUGUUUUCAUAUUUUUUGUUUCUAUGCACUUUUUGUCAUAAAAAGCCCUGAUUUUCUUUUGGCAAAAACACAAAAUAUUCAAUAUUUUCAAAAAUUAGGUGCAAACAUUUGGGGUGGAAUAUUUGGGGUGAGGCUAUUACAGCCUUGACUAGAUCAAUAAUUGAUAACAUUGAUUUUGAUGCAUUAUUAUUUUUGGAGCCAUGACUUUAUUUUAAAAAAAAUACACUUUACACCUUUAGGAUCCAAAAUAAAAAUGUAAUUUAUAAAUAUUUUUUUCCCCUUUCACCACAUCAAGUAUUUUCAGCAACUUCAGACCUAAGCACAUAUCAUUUAAUAUAUAUAUAUAUUUAAUAUAUAAAAUAUAAUUUUAUUUUUAUGGCCUUUUUGUCAAAGGAACCCCUGACAUUCUCAAGGGCAAACAUAUGCAAAAUUUUCAAAAAUGUGGUACAAAGUGGAAUAUUUAGGGUUAUUACAGCCUUGACUAGAUUAAUAAUUGAUUUUGAUUGAUUAUUAUUUUUGGAGCUAUAGUUUAUUAAAAAAAACUUACACAUUUACACCUUUAGGACCCAAAGCUGUCCCUCUCAUAAAAAUGUAAUACUGCAAACAGUGAAAUGUUUUGGUGAACCUGAUACUGAAACUGAGUGAAACUACCUUCAUACCGUCUGAUUCUGUCUGUCCGCUGUAACUCAGUCUGGCUGCAGAAACUCAAUCUGCAAACAAAAUGAAAACAUUUGUAUUGUAAAUCUUCUGCAGCUGGAUGAUGAUCAUCUCUGAAUAUGUAAAACAUAUGUACAUAUUUCUGUGAAUAAACGUCUCGAUAACAAAGAGAAAACAAAGCUCACGCCGCUCCAAAGUCAACAGAUUUAUUUCCUUUAGCACUGAAGUUGUUCACAGUAACAUCACAAGGGAAUACAUUGCCAGUGGUUAUCCUGCUCAGUAGUAGCGCUCCGUGCUCCGAGUCCGUUCUGUGUGCUCUGGAUUCCCCCAGUAGAAAAAGAGGAAAGCGAAGAAUGAAAGGUAUUGCUUUAAUUUU